CCUCAGUCAUCAAAUCCCUCAACGGCCGGCCCCUCCUUCAGGAAAUAAACGUUGUUUCAACGUUAACCCUCAGCUGCAUCUUCUCAACUUUAAGCACACUCUUCAACAAAUCACUUGUCUUCACCUUCUCGUUGUGCUUCCCGGGUCCCAUUCCGCCGGCCAGGCCAGGAUGUUAAUGUGCCAGUGGAAUUGCAGUCAACUGCAGGCUGCAAACCCUGCCCUGCCUAAUCACUUUCACAGUCGACUACGACGUGCCUGACCAGGAUGAAUUCUCUUGGGACAACUAAGCUUCAUUAGGCCAGGCGACCUGGUAGGGACGGGUCGAAUCGAGAGAGGCGUUGAUGGGUGUCCACCAGUCUACGGCACGGAAUGGUCUAAAACCUGUUGGUCAACAUUGCUUUGGUUGUUACGAGGGAAUUUCAUCUGAGUUAUGAGAUACUUGAGGUCGACAUCCAAGAUUCGAUCGCUCACUUGUUGUUAGUCUCUGAAGUAAACGCCUCCUUUUCGGCCUCACACCUCUUCCGAAUCCCUCCCUCAUGAAAGCUUCCACGUUGACACUGUCACCCUCCAUCUUCCUCGUCAACCGAUUGACUCGGAUUGAGUAAGCCUCGUUGACCCUUAAUCAAAGACAACCAAGUCCGAUUUCUCGGGCUCUGUCUGGAAACCCCACCUCCCGUCGACUACCAAGUGGACCAUUCCUUUUUUUGCUCAGACUUUGCAGGGCCCCCAUGCUUUCGCACCAGCCCGAUGUUGGCCAGUCUUGGUGAAAGACAUGUUCCUUGUUCCCUCACUCGCCGCUGUCACCUGCAAGGCUCUGGUCUCUUGCCGUAAGCCAUUGGCCUGGUUCAAGUGAACGCCUCAGAAGUGGAUACCCAACAAGGAUAUGGUCUUCUGCGCCCGCGUGGGCUUUAAUCACACAUUUGGCCCUGGGGAUAACCCGCGUCACUACUACCACCUCCUACCUUUGGGCUCUCAAGAUUCUCGAUCAUCCAUUGAGCAUUUCUUAUCUUUCCUUCCUCGCCGUCAUACUCGUGUCCUUGUCUUUUGGUUUAUUUUAGCCUCUGCUUGUAACUGCUCCGGGUCUUCUAACUGCUGGUGCUGGUACUAGCUUAUGAUAUUCUUACUUUCAUUCUUUGCACCAGCUCAACCUACGUACGCUACUCACAUUUCUACGGCCUAUCGUCAGUCACUGAUUGUGCUCGAUGCCAUGGCAUUGCGUUCGUCUCUAUGCUUCUGAGUGGGCAACGCGGCUAAUUCAAAGCGCCAGUUGCUUGCUUAUGUUGUAAGUCAAGACAUGUUUUGACAUUGUGGUACUCGGUACCAGUUUCAAAUUCUUCCCGCUGUCGCAUGUAUUGCUUCUCUGAUUUUCCGAAAUCUAUAUGUUCAUUCGUCUCGAGUAUGUGAAGAAUUACCCUAGCUAAUAUGUACAUGCACAGUGAUGGUGAAAAUCACGUUACGUGAUAGACAACAUUGAGAUUAUUUCUGUCAAUCUUUGAGCGCAUUUCCUUCCUGUCACAGACGCUCCUUAUUCCAUUUCGAGAGCAAACAUUUUCGACUGUGCACCGGUUUGCACGGGUGCAUCCACAAGUCGCCUUCUACAACAGUCUUUGAAAGGGGACUUCAAAGCACCAAUCCGUCUUGUUGCGUAAAUCACAGGAGUCUUUGAGCGUCGCUAGCUGCAAGGCUACAGCCUUUACUUCAUUAUGGGUGUCUGGGAAACAGAUGACGAGUAUCUCAGUGGCCCGGCUGCUACUUCGCUGCCAACACCUCUAGAUACUCCCUAUCGAACUCCAUCGAGAGCUUCAAAGAGGUCCCGGCGCUCGGUCACACCGCCUGGAAAGGAUUCUUCUACAGCUCAAUUACCAAACGAGACGGGUUCUAAGAGAUCCUCACGAAAUAUCCCAACCGACGAAACCAUCAGUAUUCUCGAUCCUCGGCGUUUCACGCCAACACUACACGCCAACCUCGUCUCCGAGAUCUUAUCUCUCCGCCGAGACCAGGAGGAGAAGACGAGGCAGAUUGAAACGCUUGAAGCAUCUCUUCAUGCGGCAAAGGAGGAAAAAGAGUCAGUGAAGCAAAAUCUCACUGAAACGAGUAAGGAGAGCAGGUCGCUCAAACGACAACUCUCCCUUCUCGAGGGUGGAUCGUCCUCUGCAUUAGGAGAACUUGCUCGGGAGAGAGAUGAGGCUGUCGACUCUGUCGCUGAUGCGAGAAAGCGACUCGAAACUGCCCAAAAGAAGAUCCGGGUUCAGGAGGAGGACUCACAGCGUGUUCACGAACUAUGGGCACAAGAGAAGGAUAGCUGGGAGGAAGAGAGGCGGAAGUUUGAGAGGCGAAUUCACGUUGCAGAAAGCCGCUUGAAGACUGUGCUUGAUGAAGUCGCCGCAUAUCAACAAGCCCAAAUCAACAAUGCUCACGGUGGAGCUAACCAUGGAACAGGCAACGGCCAUGAUAGUGAAGUGGAGGAAAGCGGCCGGGAGAACGAUGCUGCUAGUGUGAGGACCAUGAGUAUGACCAACAGCAUUCGCUUUUCCAUGACAAGUGGCAGUGGGAUAAUGAGGCUGAAUGGAAACUCUCUCGCUGAUGAGCUCAACUUCGAUGACGAGGAUGAACAAAGCGACUUUGACGGCCGGGAAAGCGCCAUGUCAAACUACGCAACAUCAUUCCACACUCGCAAUCUCAGCCGCGACAGUCCCGUGAAACGGUUCCAUGCUCGAAAUCAGAGUUUGGAGAGUAUCAAGAGAACUGGAAGUGUCACUCGGGGCAGACUUUUCAUGAAUCAGUCAGUGCCCGAAGCCCUGGAAGAUGAAGAAAACGAGGGGAAAACUGUCUCUGCACCAGUUCCUGUGCCAAAGGUUUCGUACACUGACACAGGAAUCCAAUACUCGCCGCCACCUUCACCUAAGCUCCCUCCUGCGAAGCCUGCAACACCCGAGCCCCGUGCUCCUGUCAAGUUACCCGAAGUCGAGUGUUCGCCACGUGGUGACGGUGAGAUUGAAGCAAACCAACGUCGGAAGCGUGUUCACCCCCCUCUCAACAUCGAGCCAGCAGUAACUCGACGACUCAUGGUCUCAAGCUCUGUUCAGACAACGGAAGAGCCAUUGCUGCCUCCGACUCCUAAGACACCCAAAUCACCUACUCGGCCACCGCCACCGCCGCCAGUACAGCCUCCUGUGGUCGAAAAACCCUUGAUGGUCACAUCUUCCACCCAGACCGAAGGCCCACCCACUCGCCCACCACCCGCUAUUCCACUUGCUCUACCAUCACCGCCCCCUCUUGCAAUUCCUAGUAUUAGCGUCCACCCUCCUACCAGUCGACCUACCACACCUAAGGAGCCGAGAUUGCCAGUACUUUUCAAAGAUUUCAGUUGUCAAGUUGCCUUGCCUUCUUCAUCCUCUACAACCGAGGCAGCGGUACAGACGGAAGGCAUACAGACUGACAAGCGAAUGGCACUUCUCCCGCCCCAUCUUCAGCCUUCUGCCAUUUCCUCCCGGCCUACCUCACCAAACCCAACAUCUGGGGUGGACACAACAAAAAGCUUCACACCUGUCCCUGGCAAUGUCCCACCACGGAACCCGCGUCGACUCAAUAGGCAGAGUUUUAGCGAUCAGCCUUCCUCGCCAAUUUCUCUCCCCGAGGAUGACACCCUUCAUGAUGCUUAUCCUGGCAACAACGAUGAUGGCCCUCUCUCCAACCAGAAGGCCCCAGUGCGGCGGCCACAUCGUUUUAGUAGCCUCUUCGCUGGCUUUGAUGGAGGUAGCUCUGAUGAAGCAGACGAUUUUGGUGAUGUAGACUUAAGUGAUUUGGAGUACCGAACUGCAUUGUCUGCACCGCGUCCCAAGUCUAUUUCAAGUCGUCCUGGUAAACGCAGCUCAACUGGCACGACUGAAACCAACGGCACAAUCCCCACGUCCCCUGAACAGAUUACUAUGCGACAGGGUCCUCGCGUUACCACAGAAAUCCAUCACGCUUUUACCACCAAGCCUGGAAGAGGCUUCGAGAAGGGCCCUGCUGCCAUGCCAUCCAACCGGGCUAGCGUUAUGCGAAAGGCCGCGAUGAUCCAGAAUGGUAUUGCCAGUCAUCAAGGUCAAGGACGGGCGAGGAGCCCAAGUUUACCUGAUAAAAACCCUCCUCCAUUCCCGAUCCCUACAAGAGCCAGCUCUAGAAACAUGCCUCCAAGUGCAAGCGCUCCAAGCGAUGGUCAGAGAAGCCCAACUCGAGGUGAUUUCUUCCAGCGUCGUGGAUCAGGUCGCGUCUACCGGGCAGGAAGCGUACGAAAGGUCAGGUCUGCCGCUGCAUUACCGCGUAAUCACAGACAUCGUAAGCAAGGCAGUCGAUCUUCACCUCCGCUAUCUCCUUCUACUGAGGCCCCUGAGAGCCCAGGCCUGCCUCCGUUGCCCAAGAACGACAUUACGACUCCCCGCACUCGGGCUCGUCAUAGUGGUCAAUUUAGGCAUCAGCAUAAGCUCUCUACCAACACUGAUAACACAUUCAACACAUACAACUCAUUCAACACAUACAAUACUGGCAAUACUGGCAAUACGCUCAAUACUUCCAGCACUGAUCCGCCCUCCAAUCCGAGCAGCCCUCAGAAUACGAGUGUAGUCGAUGCCAUCGCACAGACCAUGGUUGGCGAGUGGAUGUUCAAAUAUGUCCGCAGAAGAAAGUCUUUCGGCGUUGCGGAGAGCAACGGCAAGGACGAUACCGGCAACGAUCGCCACAAACGAUGGGUUUGGCUUGCACCCUACGAGAGGGCUAUCCUCUGGAGUAGCAAGCAGCCAUCCUCUGGCAGCGCCUUGAUGGGUAAGGCUGGCCGAAAACUGACUAUACAAUCUGUUCUCGAUGUUAAGGAUGAUAAUGCUCCACCGAAGGGAGUCGCAACAGUGUUCAACCGAUCAAUUCUUAUUUUGACACCACAGAGAGCUCUCAAGUUCACGGCAGAUUCUGCUGACCGGCACUAUAUCUGGUUGACAGCUUUGUCAUUCCUUGCACAUUCAUCGCAGGCAAUCCCCGAAAACAUCUCUGCACCACCGCCAAUACAGCAAACGCCACUGCCAGACUUUGAGGCUCCUCGGCCCAAACUGAAACGGGGUGGAAUUAGAGACUCCAUCCGUCUUGCUAAAGGCCGAACGGUUGGUCCUCGUGCUGGACCACCUAGUGUUCCAAGUAUCCCAAGUAUCCCCAGCGCGCCCUCUUCACAACUCGGAGACGUCACUAGUUUUCCCGUUACGGAAUCUGUAGGAGGAUUCUCAAGUACACACUCUCGAGAAGACUCGAGAGAUGCUGCAGAGCCCCCAUUUAUACCACGUUUCCAUGAUAGGAAUCAAGGAAACCAGGUAAACGUUCACGGACGUAAGAGAAGCAAUACAGGCGGCCAUGUACCGCCGCCGCUCUCUUUCCGGGGGUUCUCUGGACCCAUUGGGGGUGUUGGUCAUCACCAGUCCACCAAUAGUACUGCUGGUAAUAGCACUGGAACUGCAGGUUCUUCGGAUAUCUAUCAGUCCCAGGCUUCGAGCAACGGAACUUGGGCAAUGAGCCAAGCAGGCUCACAGCGAACUUCUGAAGCUUCUUCACGACCAAGCAACUUCUUUGAUGCCAUUGGCACUGUGCGAAUGGAGGCCUUUAUCAGCCCGCUGGCAUUUUCUCAGUUCAACGACUAUCCUGAUGAACAGGACGAAUUCCGUCACUCACUUCGCAGACGGAGUAAAGAACAACGAAGACGACAAAGCCGAAGUCGACAUCGAGAUAGUUAUAAUUCUCGCAGCACCCGUGCAACACACGAUGACUAUUACCAUGGAAGCAGAACUGCCGGAGAGGAGGACUAUUUCCGUGAUGAUCCCUUCAAGGGAUUCUAGCAUCCAUUUGAUUCAGCACAGUAGCCACGACGGCAAUUAUCACUUUCAUUAUCUUUCGAUUUCUUGGUCAUGUUCAUUGGUUAUGGCAGAGCUUUACGCAGCAUUAUACCCUUUUCUAUAUAAAUAUUUGGGAUCGGUUAAGAACUUGGCCCUCGCGGGCUAGUUAACAAUCAUUGUGUGUGGAGUUUUGGUACUAUCUUUCUGAUAAAUACUUUGUAUACACUGAAAACCUGGGAAGGGGUAGGGGCUGUGGGAUCCGGAGGUUGAUGCAAGUGAAGUAGAUGGCAUGUCUCAGCAGAUAACAGGUUCAAAAAAGACAUGCAAAUCAGUCCAAUCCGGUUCAAAGAAACCAGGUUGGUCUUGAAAAGUAGAUAGAUAAAGGUAAAACUGGCCUAGCCCAUCUUAACAUUGUCGCCUCC